AUGCCGCCCUUUUUCGAUGACGGUGACUACCCAGCGGAAGCGUACAAUGAAGUCGUGGGGAGUGCUCCCAAUGAUAGCUGGUCAUACAAGCUCAUCGUUAGUGCCGCAGCUUAUGAAGCCGGUAAUGGCUACGUGAAUCAUUGUGAAGAAAAUGGUGAACCCGAAUCUCAUGCAAAGGCCAACGAGAUCCUAGCUGCGUACGUUGGUGCUUGCGUUGAUCGUGUGAUUGAAGUGAAUGGACUGGAUUGCAUCGGCAGCGAAAAAGCUAAGUAUCAUGGCAGGCAACUUGUUGAACAGAAGCUGAGCGAGUAUGGAAGCCAGGAUGGAAAUUGGUGA